GAAUUUCGAGCAAUACAAACUGGCCUUGGACCAUAGACUUGUAAUCAUCAAAUCGAAACUUCGCACAGCUGCACUUAUAGGCCUAUCCAACCGGGCGUGGCCCUACAAACAUAUAAGCCUACUUUGACUAUCUGGAGAACAAUGCUAAGGCUUUAGAAGAUACCUCAAGGAACCCUGUUUCUUCUCUCUCUACUCAACAAAAUGAGCAACUCAUCUUCUUUAACUGCAGACCAGAAGAGAAGAAUUGAAGAAAACAAAAGAAAGGCCCUGGAAAAACUUGCUGAACGAACGAAACAUCAGAAUCAUCAGUUUUCUUCACCUCAGAGGUCAACAUCAGGUCAUAUCCAAAGUACCAACCAUGGUACUUCAGUAUCCAAGAUACCAGCUGCAAAAUCCAGUAGUGCCACUUCUUUACCAUCCAUCACUCACAAGCCCUCUGCACAACACCCAACAAAGUCUUUCAGUGGGAAUGCAAUGGCAUCUGCAAAUUCAUCCCACCAAAAGCAAUUAAUAAACUCUAAAGUACAAAGUUCUUUCAAACUUGGUUCGAAAGCAACUCUUUCCCAAGCACCAGUAAAAAGCCUGCCUCAAGUAAAAGUUCCCACAGAUCAGUUCUAUGGAGCUCAGAGUCAGCAGACCGUGAGAGGAAAAUGUGUUCUCGUGUCAAAAGACAGAUUCAAAGUAGAUAUUGGGUAUCAUGCUCAGCUUAUUGAAAUCUUCAAACGAAUAAAAUCAAAAGCCUAUGACACAAGUUCAAAGACCUGGUCCUUCUCUCUAAAUGAUUAUGAGGAGCUGAUGAGCCAAGUAACAGAACUGUCACCAGAGGUUUCAAUAGGCCGCUUUCAUCAUUCCAUUCCAAGUUUACUGAGUUCCCUGGCAAAGAGCAAACCAAAGGCGGAACCAGACUUGAGCAUUGUGGAUGAGAAGCUGGUCAACACUCUAAUGCCUUUUCAGCGGGAAGGAGUGAUAACAUCCAUCCAACGGGAUGGCCGCAUUUUAAUAGCUGAUGACAUGGGACUGGGAAAAACUCUUCAGGCCAUCUGCAUUGCAAGGUACUACAGGCAAGAGUGGCCGCUGCUAAUUGUGUCUCCAUCGUCGGUUCGGUUUGACUGGGCUCAGCAAAUCUGCAAGUGGUUGCCCAGUGUUUCUCCAGCUGAUGUAAAUGUUGUGGAUUCAGGAAAGGGCGACCCAACAGAAGGACUGGUUAAUGUGAUCAGUUAUGAUCUUCUGUCUAAACAACAAGUUGUGCUGAAGAAAAAGAACUUUCAAGUGAUAAUUAUGGACGAAUGUCAUUUCCUGAAAAACUGCAAGGCUGUCAGGACAAAAGCUGCUUUGCCAUUAUUGAAGAAAGCAAAACGGGUGAUUCUUCUGUCUGGUACACCAGCUUUGUCCAGGCCCAUGGAACUUUUCUCACAGAUCUCUGCUGUCAACUCAAAGAUAUUUCAAUUUCAUGACUUUGGACUGAGAUACUGCAAUGCAAAACAGUUGCCCUGGGGUUGGGAUUACUCUGGGUCUUCAAACAUGGAAGAGCUUCAGAUCAUCUUGUCAGAAUUCAUCAUGAUCCGGCGACUGAAGCAGGAAGUCCUUUCACAACUUCCGACCAAAACACGCCAGGUGGUGAUACUUGAACCAGGAAGAAUCAAAAUUCACAAAAGUUUAAAGCAUUUUUCUGGUGCAAUGAGCAAAAAAUCUCUCAAGGGAAUGGAUAGACAAGGAGUGCUGCUUCAUUAUUUCAACGAGACUUGCAAAGCCAAACUGGCUGCUGUCAGAGACUAUGUUCUGGACUUCAUUGAGUCUGAUCGGAAGUUUCUUGUCUUUGGGCACCACAAAGAGAUGCUGGAUUGUAUUGAGGAUUGCAUCAAGUCAAAGGCCUCUGAAAUAAAGUAUAUUCGGAUAGAUGGACACACAACAUCAGAACAGAGGAACUAUUUCUGUAGAAAGUUUCAAACUUGCCCGGAAUACCAAGUGGCCAUUUUGUCAAUCACUGCUGCAAAUGCUGGUCUCAAUCUUUCUGCUGCCAGUACAGUGCUAUUUGCAGAAUUGUUUUGGAAUCCUGGUAUUCUUGUGCAAGCAGAAGACAGAGUUCACCGUAUUGGUCAGAAGGAUUCUGUGAGUGUCCAGUAUCUAGUGGCCAGAGGCACAGCUGAUGAUGAGAUCUGGCCUCUGAUUCAAGGCAAGCUUGAUGUGUUGAGCAAAGCAGGUUUGACAAAGGAUGAUUUUUCUGAUGCUGACACUAAGCGGUUAGAGAGCAAGGAUCAGCAGACCAUCUUAGACCUGUUUAGCAGCCAGUUGGUAGAGGAACAUUGUUCUAGACCGGCUGCUGGAACAACAGACCCUGACAGUACUGAAGCAGAAGAGAAACUUGCUGGGCAGUCAAAUGUUGACCAUAGUGCUUUGAAAAAACAGUUUGAAAAGACACCAUCUAAAAGUGACCACCAGGAGUUCUCAAACAGUCAAAGUGAGCUAUUAGAGCCAUCAAAGAAGAAACAAAGUACGACUCCGUCAAAGAGACAGACGGACAUCACCAAUUUUCUCUGGAGCUCACCACCUUCUAAACAGCAAAAAUGUGAAGCAAGUUCAUUGGAUUGGAGUGAUGAGGAUGAAGACUUUUUGCUGGCAGAACAAACUCUUGCUCUGGACCCUUUGUGACUGAAUGAAACUUUGUCAAGAAAUGUUGGUAUUAUGAUUACUAUAUGUGUUGAUUUCUUGUAAUGCUCUUCUGUCUUUGGAGGCUUGAUCUGUGAAAACCUGAGGGUCCUUGAAUCUAUUUAUCUCGUAUCUGAAAUGAUCCCUGUGUACCUUUCUUCCCUGUUCAUUGCAUUCAUCAUAAUGCUGUCAGGUUUGGCAGUCAUGUUUUCAAAAUGACAUUCAUUGUGACAAGAAUAGUACACGAUAUAGUUGUUGUUUAUUGAGUGACAGUGAACGUGCAGCAUGGCAAAUGCUGAAUCAGGAUUGUCGUCAGGAUAACAUUUAGGCCUACAUUGGAAAUGUGAAGCUAGAUGAGGUUGACUGUUGAAAGAGAAACUGUUGCUUGCUUUAUUUUUUUCGAUCUUGCUGUCUCAGUAGAUCGUGUGAAACCAGGGCAUACAAUGUUCAUGUCUUCCAAAGCUGAUGUGCAUAUGAGUACGAAGCAUUUGUCCCAUCUGGGGUUUUUUUCCCAUAAACCAUCGACUUGCAGUAAAUGACUUAUUUUCAACAAAGCAGAAAUAGACAAAUAUCAUCAUAUAUGUGUAUAAAAAUUUAUUCUUACCCACUACACUGAAGUUACUGAACACAGUGUUACAAAUGAAACAGAGAGGGGGGAGAGAGAGAGAGAGAGAGAGAGAGAGAGAGAGAGAGAGAAUGUUUACAGAACAAGGGUGUUUCAGCGUGUUAUACAUUCUUUCAUAUUGGGUGCGUGCGCAUGAGUGCACUUGACCUUUGUAAAACCACUGCCAUUAUAUACAACCAAGCCAAAAUUCUCUCCCUGGGAGAUGAAUAAAAAUUGUCAUUGUCAUUGUCAUUUUUGUGUAGAUCAACAAGAGAGGGCAUUCGAUGAGGUGGUGGUGGGUUUCACAGUUUUACAGCAGCUAAGAUAGAACAGGUGAUUCCCUACUAUUCCAGGAGAGUAGAGCCUGUUCAAUCAAGUCUAAAGACUGGUACAAGGUGAUUGCGUUUUGAGCUAAACUGAACUGUAUAUUUGUCCUUUUUUUUUUCCCCUUGGAGUAUUAUCUAUUAUAAAAAGUAGAAUUAAUUAGAUCUAAUGGUGUGAUACUACCACGUGGCUGAAGAAAAAAAGGGGGACUAGAAACAAAUAAAAUUUAACCUAUGGGACGUCAAGUUCUUGAACCCAAAAAAUGUCAAAGUAUAUGUUCGUGAAAAUGUGACGUUUGAAAAAGAUUUCAACCAAAAUUGAGUAAAAUGCAUUAUAGGCCUAUUGCCCAAUAAACUCAGGAAAAUGGAUUGACUAAUCAAAUUAUAAUAUGCUCCAGGUGUUGACUGUUUCUAUCCAUACAAGCUGGAAUACGCCUCUGGAAAUUUUGGUUAACCCUGUGGCAUGUUUCUGUGUCAAUUUUUAGGGCCUCCUGUUCAACAGUGAGUUUCAACUGUUCAUUUGUUUGUGGGUUGUUUCUGUAGACUCUGUCUAAAAAAAAACGUCAAAGGAAAUGUUAUGUUACGACUUACUUGAGUCUUGCAAUAGUAGAUCUAGAUGGUAGUUGAUGUUGGUGGGGAGUGAGUGAGUGACACUUAGAUUACCCGCGGCUUGCACGAAAUCACAUGAGGUGUCAGUCACGUGAUAUGUCCUUUAGGCUUACGUCACUAUAAUUAUUAUAAAGGUAUAUUAUAAACUAUUAUAUUCACGCUACAUGUCCUAUUCUAAAGGUGCGCUUACACCACAGGAAAUAACCAACGGGGUUCAAGUCAGGGGAAUACGGUGACCAUUCAUUUGUUAGCUUUCAGCUUAUUAAACAUUUCCCAAACCUUUCUUGAAACCAUGCAAAGACCUCUCUUAAUGUGUCGGAUGUGACCACAUCUUGCCUUAACCAGGCCUGAUUUAAAUAUUUGACACCCCCUUGGUUGAAUUUCAUGUGAUCCAAGUUUUGCUGAAAUUGAUUGCCCUUUAAAUAGGUCCUUUUUUAAAGACAACCUGUAUGUGUAUUUACUUUUACUCUACAAAGUAAGAAUGCUUUAAAUAUUGCGUCAUAAGUUAUGAAAAACAUUUACAAUAGUUUACUGUUUACAUAGAUUGAAAGCCUUGCAAAUGUAUGAUACCUAUGUACAUGUAGGCCUACUUGAAUCAGCUACGUUGCAUAAUUUGAACAAAGACUGCAAUUACAUUCAGUAUGGAUAAAUAUCACCUGGGAUUGAAGGGGAAAAUAUGACUUGUUAUGUUGCUAAGAUGUGGAUAUCCCAGAAAUAGUUUAAGUUAAAGAAUAAAUUCUAGACUCUUGCAUUUAGUUCUAUGGCUUGUGUAUUUUUGCCUCUACUUUGACUCCAAUAUUUUUCGUUUGUGCAUCGUAAUGCUUAUUUCUUGUGGUUUGUAAAUCUUUAUUUCUGUCCUUCUUUCCCUGACUUCUGUCUGCCAUCUUGCUCCAAGUCAAGUCUAUCAAUGAUAAGAUGCUUGAACUAGCUUUGUCUGAUGUGCAGAAAAAAAUGUUUUUCUGUUGUCUUUUCAUAGAAUAAAUGUAUCCACAUCAAAAUAUAUGUAAACUUCCCAAAAAAUGUAAAAUAGUUCUUGACUUCAUUUGGAUAUAAAGCUCUGAAGUUGAAAGAGACUGAAGUACCAGGGAGUGUUACUGGGUUGGUUUUUUUCUUCCUUUAGAAUUAUCUUUGUAACCUACUCCAUGUAAAUAUUUGUGUGGGUGGUUGGCGGGUGCUCUGGUGUGGUUUGCUUCUUCUUUCCUAUCAAACAUCUAUCAUCCUUAUCUCCCCUUCUUCUUUUUUAUGUUUAUUACUCUCUUGUAACACCUCUAUUCUUCUGGCGCUCAUAUGACCUUAUGCAGUUGCGAGCGCCGUAAAACCUCUACUAAAACUUUAAAAAAUAUUUGUUUUGUUGUUAUUGAAGUGGCUUUUCUUUAACAUAAUCUUUUGUUUGAAUCUCGGUAAGGGUAAGCCACAAGCCCUGUCAUGGAUCCAGAGAUGGAAAGGGAAUAGAUUUGAUAAAUAAACUCCAAUAACUUACUCUUGUCAA